AUGGUGGUGCAGACUCAAACGGCAGCAGCAGACGGCUCGCUCACGGGCAAAACCCCCGAUGGUGAUACUCUGAGAGUGAGGGAAGUGUGGCAACACAACCUGGAGGAGGAGAUGCAGCUCAUACGGGAGCUGAUCUCCGAUUUCCCAUACCUCGCCAUGGACACGGAGUUCCCCGGUGUGGUUGCCAAGCCGGUUGGGAACUUUAAGAAGAGCAGGGAGUUUCAUUACCAGAUGCUCAGACUCAAUGUUAACAUGCUGAAGAUGAUCCAGCUGGGGCUGACUUUCUCUGACCACCUCGGCAAUCUUCCGCGGAUCAACAAUGAGCUGUGUGUGUGGCAAUUCAACUUCAGGGAAUUCCGGCUCAAUGACGACAUAUACGCCCAGGACAGCAUCGAGCUUUUGAAGCAGUCUGGCAUCGACUUCGCACAGAACGAGGCACGCGGGAUCGACAUUCACGACUUUGGCGCGCUGCUGAUGGUGUCUGGCGUGGUCUUGAACGAGGACGUGCGGUGGCUCACCUUCCACUCCAGCUAUGACUUCGGGUACCUUCUCCGGACUGUGACAUGUGCCCCGCUGCCCAACACCGAGUCCGACUUCUUUGAAUUGCUCAAGAUCUUCUUUCCCAGCGUGUAUGAUAUCAAGUACCUCAUGAAGUUCUGUGACAACCUCCAUGGCGGACUGAACAAGCUUGCAGAGACCCUGGACGUCGCACGGAUCGGGCCCCAGCACCAGGCCGGGUCGGACUCGCUGCUGACCAGCGCCACCUUCAUGAGGCUGGCGGAGAAGCACUUCAAGGGCUUGGCGGGGACGCAAAAGCAUGAGAACGUGCUCUAUGGCUUGGGCGCAGACGGCAAUAAUGAGCUGCUGAACCCUGUGGAGUAA